AUGGCUGUGAAUAUUAUCAAGUGUUCAAGUCAGCUGAUACAUACUGAGGUAGAGGUGCUUAAUGGUGGAAAGAAGUUUUUCUGCUCUUUCAUUUAUGGCUUAAAUAGUAGACAGGAGAGAAUGGACUUAUGGAAGGAUUUGAAGGAUAUAAAAAUGAAUGAUGCUCCAUGGGUGAUUAUGGGAGACUUCAACUCAAUAAUGAGAACAGAUGAAAGAGUAGGGCAACCUGUUAGAACAAGAGAGAUCAUGGAUAUGCUGCAAUGUAUGGAAGAAUGUAAUUUGAAUGAGUUGAAAACAUCUGGGCAAUUCUAUACCUGGAACAAUAAACAAGAGGGAAUUGACAGAGUUUUCUGCAAACUGGAUAGAGCUUUGGGGAAUGAAAGCUGGUUUGAGCAGUGGCCUAACACUGAAAUCAUCACUAUGCCUGAAGGGGAAUAUGACCAUUGUCCACUUUUGGUCAAAUCAUUUCAGAAUGAGCUAAAGAAGAAACCCUUCAGAUUUUUUAAUAUGUGGUGUCAAGCUCCUGAGUUUCAGGACAUUGUGAAGAAGGUGUGGCAGCAACCAGUGAGGGGGUGUAAAAUGUAUCAAAUUGUGAGUAAGCUUAAAGCCUUAAAGAAGGAUCUGAGGGUGUUAAAUAGCACUCAGUUUGGUGAUGUUUCAGUAAAGCAUACUCAAACUUAUCAAAAUAUGAUCCACUGGAAGAAAGAGUUACAGCUCAAUCCUCAUGAUCUUGAGCUGAGGCAUAAAGAACAAGAUGCAAGGAAGGACUAUAGUGAAGCUCACAAGCAAUACAGUGCUUUCCUCAGUCAGAAAGCAAAGCUGAGGUGGAUAACUGAGGGAGAUGAUAAUACUAGAGCUUUCCACCAGAGUAUUAAACAAAGAAGAAUGCAGAUAGUAGAAUAA